UGCGCCCUCUGCUCCCGCUCCAACAGGUUCACGUUCACCAUGCUGUCCACCCUGCUGACCGUCUGUGGCCUGGUGGCCUCCGGGAUGGCCGCCUGCCCUGACAUCCCCGCCUUAGACGUGUUCGAUGCUGCACAGUACAUCGGCCACUGGUACGAGAUCCAGAAGUACCCGUUGUUUGGCGAGAGCAGCGACACAUGCGGCCAGGCCAACUACACCGCCGAGGCCGACGGCUCCAUCAGUCUGGUGAACCGCGGCAUCAAACCGGACGGCUCCCUGGACUUCAUCACCGGCACGGCGGUGGCCAAGGACCCGGCGCACCCAGCCGAGCUGACCGUCCACUUCGACCAGGGCUCGGUCGGCGCCUACAACGUGAUUCGUACCGACUACACCGCUUCGGCGCUGGUCUACUCCUGCGUGAACAUACUCGGUAUCAAGUUCGAGUACGCCUGGUUCCUGUCGCGUGAGCCCACCAUGGAUCAGGCGGUGCAGGACGAGUAUAUCAAGAUUCUGGCUGAUGCCGGGUCGGACAUCAGUAGGCUAGAGGUGACGCUACAGAACUGUGGCAACCUCUUCUGACCUGGCUCUGAAGGGAAUAGUUAAUAGGGAGAGUUUACUGCUAAUGAUGUGAAGGGUAGGGCACUGGCAGCCCCCAUUUGUUGAAAUGGCAAUAUCAUCUCGGUUUCCUGUCCAACAGGCGUGGACUGUGAAGUGCUUGAAUAACUAUCGUGCUGUCAGUGCAACUGACAUGAUCGUCUUUGUGAUGUGCAAAUUUGAUAAAUAUACACAUAAUUGUA